CAGUGUAUCGUUUACAUUUCUAGCUACCCUGUGUUGCUCUUUCGCUGGCUACACCAAAGACAGUGCACAAUUCCUUUUUCUUUGUCUUUAAAAAACAAGAAAAUACUGGUAAGAAGUCCGACUUUAUCUAGGAAAGCCUGUAUUUGUGUAUUGUGUGUAGAAUGUGGUACCUGUGUAAGCACUCCUUAACUAGAGGCAUUCAGCUACCCUUCAGGUCGCAUUGCCGUCUGCCAGAGCUACUUAGGCCUGCCCUGUGGUGGAUUUUACACUAAUGUGUUCAGUGACUCAUCAGAUCCUUACACACUUGCUACUUUCACACCCUUUGGACACGCCAGUGUUUGUCAUUCAGGCAGCAACACAGUGGCACUAUUGCUUGAUCAAGACGGGGGCCUACUGACUGAUGAGGAAGGCACAGUCACGAAAGAAUGGAAUUGGGCACAGGGAGUGAAACUGAAUGAGACAGUUCUGAUACAGGUGAAUGACUUUAUUAGUGUUCGAGUUGUGAGCCCGACUUCAAUCAAUCUAUCCUAUAGGUGGCAGCAGGAGUGUGCAAGUGUCCCUCUCUCCACUUACAAACGUAAUCCCUCCAUGGCCUGAUGAGCUGGAAUCAGUUUGCCAGAUAUUUCUAAGAUGUCUAGCACACCUCAAAGGACCAUCCUGAAAUGCAAAACUAAGUCAGCUGCAUCACCUUCACUGGUCCCCAUUUAUAUGGAGUGGAAGGAGACUGAAACAGUCCAGCCACAGAGCAACAAUCCUGAGGCAAGCCUCUUCCGUUUCCUCUCGCCCCUGCACGGAACCCUGGGACCCUCCCAGAAGCUCCCAGUCAUCAAGGACCUUUUCUUCAGUAAGUGGGAAUGUGAAGGAAGAGCCCACUGUAUCACAGGCAACCUCACAACAAGGAUCCAGAACACUGUACUAUUAGGGCCAGUAAUACACAAAAGUCCCAAAAACUACAGGCCACUGCUGAGUUCCCACAACCCCUGCCCUGUGCUUCUUAGAAGUAUGAUGAUGGGGGAAGGAGAGAAGAAGAGGUGCAGGUGCAGCAACCAUCAGACCCCCUGCCUGACAGACCUGGAGUAUGACGCCUUCAUCACAGGGCAGAUGCCAGGCAUCGAGCAGAUCAUGGUGGUGUGUGUGGUCUCCUCGUCAAACCCACAGAGCAGCCUCAGUGUGGACAUACUGGAGAAGCUGUAUGAGAAGAAAAACAAAAACAGAAGCAUGCCUUGUGUACAGUGUCGACUAGACUCGUUCCGCCUGGUGAAGUAUGACAUCGCCACAGCGGGGGACACAAACUGUCCCCCAGGGUUCUCUACUGCUGCAAAGACACAAUGUGGCUCCUGAUGUAUAUUUGUGGAAAGCUGCUGUUUGCGGACUAUAUUUUUAAUGGGUACAGCAACUCUAUUAAAGACCUACAAAAGCAGAUUUCUACAACACGUGGCAACUAUUGCAUGGGCCUCAGCCUUCUCUCAG